UCCCUGUUCUAUUACUCAAUGGGCCAGUCAGAGGUGGCGGUGGUGCUUUGUGGGCCGUCGGGCAGCUCGGCGGUGGAUCGGCCAAUGUGUACAGGGGCAUUAAGUGACAACUUCGUUGGAUGUCAGCUGAAGACCAGAGUUUGCAUAGAUCAUCUAACUGAUCCACUGAGGAUGGAUAUGGACAGAAGUCCUGUUACCGAGAGCAUAUUACAUAUCACUCUGGAGAUUAUCUACCUGCUGACUGGAGAGGAUAACACAGUAAUGAAGAAGACCUCAGGAGAGGGUGUGACACCCAGCAGCUGCCUCUAUGAGUCAGGUGGACUGAACAGUGCCCAGAGCCCCAUCCCGGUGCCUCCACCUCACUCACUGAUACAUAAGAGACACAAUGACCAGAAGAUCCUGGAACUCACCAACAAGAUCAUUCAGCUGCUGACUGGAGAGGUUCCUAUAAGGUGUGAGGAUGUCACUGUCUAUUUCUCCAUGGAGGAGUGGGAGUAUAUAGAGGAACACAGGGGUCUUUACAAGGACGUGAUGAUGGAGAAUUACCGGCCCCUUACAUCACUGGAUGGGGCCAGUAACAGGAAUACCCCAGAGAGAUGUCCCCGUCCUCUUUAUUCCCAGGAGGAGAAUCACAGUGUCCCACAGGAGUGUAAGAGUGAAGAUCUGACUAAUAUUAAAGCAGUGGGAGAAGAGGAGACGUAUGUGAGGGGAGAUCAGCAGUGUAAGGAGGAAGAAAUCCCUACAGAUAUCGGCACAGGUCACUGUGUGUCUCCUACAGAUGGGACCAGUAACAGGAAUACCCCAGAGAGAUGUCCCCGUCCUCUGUAUUCCCAGGAUCAUACAGAGGAGAAUCACCGUGUCCCACAGGAGGAUCAGGAUGAUGACCCGAAUGACUUUAAUGUAGAAGAUACACAGGGAGAGGAGAUGUAUGUGAUGGAUUAUCACCAGUGUAAGGAGGAGGAAAUCCCUACAGAUAUCAUCAGCACAGAUGUGGCCAGUAACGGGAAUACCCCAGAGAGAUGUCCCCGUCCUCUGUAUUCCCAGGAUCAUACAGAGGAGAAUCACCGUGUCCCACAGGAGGAUCAGGAUGAUGACCCGAAUGACUUUAAUGUAGAAGAUACACAGGGAGAGGAGAUGUAUGUGAUGGAUUAUCACCAGUGUAAGGAGGAGGAAAUCCCUACAGAUAUCAUCAGCACAGUCGAUGGAUGCUUCAACGGGAACACUUCUAGGAACCGUAAAGAGAUGACACAAGACUCUCCAGGAGAAAACCCUCUUACACCAAAUACAAAUCCAGUACGUCACCCUUCUCCCGACCGCUCCGAUACGGUAAGCCCCAGUACGGCUCAGCCAAGUGGUAAAACGUUUCCCUGCCCUGACUGUGAUAAAAGCUUUGCCCGAAAAAUCUGCCUCCUUCAGCAUCAGAGGACCCACACGGGUGAUGAGCCAUUUUCAUGUACCAAGUGCAGGAAAUCGUUUACACAUAAAUCCUACCUCGUUGAACACCAGAGGACACACAAGGGCGAGAAGCCAUUUUCAUGUACCAAGUGCAGGAAAUCGUUUACACAUAAAUCCUACCUCGUUGAACACCAGAGGACACACACGGGUGAGAAGCCAUUUUCGUGCCCCGAGUGUGGGAAGUGUUUUUCGCAGAAGUCCAUUCUUGUUAAUCACCAGGUUGUCCACAGCUCCGAGAGGCCGUUUGUGUGCUCCAUCUGCAGCAAGUGCUUUGCGCACAAGUCCUAUCUCAUGAUUCACGUGAGGACGCACACAGGCGAGAAGCCUUUUCCCUGUUCUGAGUGUGACAAAUGUUUUUUGCAGAAGUCGGGGCUGCGCAAGCACCAGAGAACCCACACGGGGGAGAAACGGUUCUCCUGUACAGAGUGUGGGAAGAGCUUCAUGCAGAAGAUCACCCUCAUUAAUCACCAGAGAAUCCAUACUGGUGAGAAGCCGUUUUCCUGCUCACAGUGCGAGAAACGCUUUUCCAACAAGUCCAAUCUGAUUGACCAUGAGCGCGUUCACACCGGCGAGAAGCCCUUUUCCUGUUCUGACUGCGGGAAAUGUUUUUCCCAGAAGUGUAAUCUGGUCAGGCACCAGCGGAUUCACACUGGCGAGAAACCGUUUUCCUGUUCUGAGUGUGGGAAGUGUUUUACACGCAAAACGACCCUUGUGGAGCACCAGAGGGUCCACGUGGGAGACCAGCCGCUUCCCGGUUCUGAGGUCACACCGAGAUCGGAUCUGAUGAUCCACGAGGUGACGCCGCUAACGGAUGAGAAGCAGUUUACCUGCUCGGAGUGCGGGAAGUGCUUCGCCUACAAGUCCCACCUGGUGAAACACAAGAGGAUUCACAGAAGCGAGAAGCCGUUUUCCUGCUUCCAGUGCGGGAAGUCUUUUAUACAGCGGUCAAUCCUCCUCAUACACCAGAGAAGUCAUACGGGGGAGAAGCCAUUUUCAUGCGCCGACUGUGGGAAAUGUUUUACGCAGAAGUCUGACCUGGUCGUGCACCGGCGAAUCCACACGGGCGAGAAGCCCUUCUGCUGCUUCGAGUGUGGGAAGAGUUUUACACAGAAAUCGACUCUGGUUAUACAUCAAAGGAUUCACAGAGGCGAGAAGCCGUUUGCCUGUUCCGACUGUGGGAGGCGCUUUACGCAGAAAUCAACUCUUGUCACGCAUCAGAAAGUUCACACACCUCUAAAAAUGUUGUUUUAGGUGGGGAAAUGUUUUCCCGUUCCUUGUGUUUUUCUCCCAUGACUCUUUCUAAGCUCCCAGGGCCUGACGUCAAGAUCUACCGCCAGUUGGCAUAGCCUAUCUUCUGGGAAAUCCUUAUGCGCACACUCAGAAAAGUUGGAGCAUAUACUGUGGGCAGUAAGGGCAGUGCCAACAGAUGGAUACCAGGACAAAGACUUAUAUUAUUUGCAGGGGUUAAUAGUGUAUGGUGUUGAAAGUCACCAGCACUAGUGAACCGUUUGUGAAUAGGUGUGUGUAAAUGCUCUACUCAAAUCUGACUGGUGAUAUUUUAGUGUAAUCUGUAUACUUGUUUCAGCUGUAACCUGGGUGCAAGGUGCACUGUCCAAUGGUGCGACUUACAAUGCGUCUUUGUGUGCACAGCAGCGGAUUAGCGCCACAGCCUGUGGGGGCAUCACUAGGAUGGCCAUCUGAUGCAGCAUUAGCAUAAAGACGUAUUUGCCGCUACUGCAAUAACGUCCACCUCUAGGGCAGUACGGAUGGUGUAAUGGUUAGCAGCACUGACGUCAUGGGUUCGAUUCCCACCAUGGCCCUAAAUGUGCGGAGUUUGUAUAUUCUCCCCAUACUUUUGUGGAUUUCCUCUGGGUUCUCCGGUUUCCUUCCACAAUCCAAAAAUAUACUGGUAGGUUAAUUGGCUCCCAACAAAAUUAACCCUAGUGAAUGUGUGUAUAUGUGAUAGGGAAUCUAGAUUGUAAGCUCCACUGGGGCAGGGACUGAUGUGAAUGGGCAAAAUAUUCUCUGUAAAGCGCUGCGGAAUAUGUGUGCGCUAUAUAAAUAACUGGUAAUAAAUCAUGCCCUAAGGGUUUGUAACGGCCUGGUGUUAACCGGGCUCAUAAGCUACUGUUGCAAUACUGCACAAGUAUGGUUGCCAAUUUGCAUAUUGCCGCAGCUGGGUUUGCAUUUUGGUGCGCAGUGGCGGCAGCCCUGCAUCAUUCCCCCUAAUGUGCGCGACAGAGACUGCCUCACGUUAAGUAUUAUCCCUAGAUUCGUACGAUACAGUAUUGGAGUCUUAGUUUAUGUUGUAUUUGAUUAUUGUGCUUUACCGUGUCGCAUGUGUGUACUUUUUAUGUGCAUUGUAGCUUUAUGCUUGGAACUAAAACCCACAAAAAUAAGAAUUUACCCACCGGUAAUUCUAUUUCUCGUAGUCCGUA